AUGACUUGGUGCCGUAAUACGGGAGACAGCGAGAAACGUGUAUUGCUGCUGACGGCAGUGGCCGGUGCCGGCAAAACAUCCGUUGCGCACUCGGUCGCAGACGAGUGCGCAAGAGAUGGGGAAUUACUACUUAGUUUCUUUUUCAGGGCAGGAGAGCAAUCGCGGCCGGAUCAUCUGUUCAGCGGCAUGGCUCGAUCGCUGGCAGCACACGACCCAGCAUAUCGUUCCUACGUCGUGUCCCUCAUUCAGAAAGAUCCAACUCUUCCAACUGCCCCGUUCCCCAUGCAAUUCAAAAAAUUAUUAGCUGAGCCUCUCCGUCUGGUAGCCCCACUUCCCCAUCGUCCUAUCGUAAUCAUCAUUGAUGCCUUGGAUGAAUGCGAGAAAGAAGCAUUCGAGUACCUUGCCGAUAUACUUCGAGAACAUGUGCCCAAAUUACCCUCCAACUUCAAAUUCUUUCUAACCUCGAGGCAAUUCGACCUUGUUGAUCGCUUUCUUCCUUCUGAUUCUCCUAUUGAGCGCCUCAGCAUCAAUCUCUCGGACGACGCUAACAUGGAGGACUGCAAGGUCUACAUCCGGAUGCAGCUACGCAAGCUGAAAGAUGCACAUCCCCAUUUGAGGGAAGAGGAGCUCUGGGAGGAGGAUAAAUUGAUGCAAGAUAUUUUGGAACGGGCAGGUGGGUUGUUCAUAUGGGUCAGUACAGUGUUCCGCUACAUGAGGGGGGCUAGUCCUCCCAUGAAGGUGCUAGAGAAGCUGCUCGAUGCUACUGCGGACCGAUCAAAGGCUCCCGCCGAGGGGAAGAUGGAUAACCUGUAUACAAGUAUUUUGGAGAAGUGUGACUGGGAGAACGACGACUUUGUGCAUGACUACCCGAUUGUGAUGGGAGCAAUAUUGAUCGUGCAACAACCACUAACUGUUGAAGCUUGGGAUGUCGUUCUGUCUCCGUUCCUGGAGUGUCCGAUCCGGUAUACACUAGCUGAGCUCUCCCCCCUAAUUUCAGGAGUUGGGGUUCCUGACAUGCCGAUUCGUAUUCUGCAUCAAUCAUUCCGUGAUUUUCUCCUGGAGCGAGUCAGUCCACAAUCAUCCACGCUUUAUCGUUUUGCAGUGGAUGCGAGGAGGGAGAAUGACAGAGUCUCCCUGCGCUGUGUCGAAAUUCUGAAUGAGGAUCUCUCCUCUCUGGAGGGUUUAGGGUUGGUCGAACAUUUGUCUCAAAAGGCUCAGCUGGCCCCUAUUCUGCAGGGAACGCUGUCGGAACAGUCCCAUUAUGCAUGUCAGCAUAUCGUAUAUCACCUCAACCAAGUCCAAGAGCCGCCAGAGAUGCUCACUCGGUUAGUUUACACAUUUCUUGAUCAGCAAAUAGUGCAUUGGGUGGAAGUCUGUGUGAGGAUGGGAGGGUAUAUUAGUGUAUCAUCAUUCCCCGAGUGGGCCAAGCCAAAGCCAUUCACACAUUGGUCAAAGUGUUUGGUGAUCUGCGCAGAAAUCUCGUUCUUUUUAAGAUCGCAGGAAGCAUAUGAGUUGGCGAAUGACUCUGUUACACUCUGUCGUUGCCUUAUGUCUGUGGACUCUGAAACCUACGCCGUGGAUAUGGCUCGGUCACUCGGAGGUCUAGACGCAUCGCUCACCAACCUUGGACGUUAUUCCGAGGCGCGUCGUCCGUGUGAGGAAAGUGUCAAACUGUGGCGGGAGCUGGUCGCUAUUCAUCCGACAUCAUACACCCUAGAUUUAGCCGGAGCGUUCAGGUGUCUUUAUGUGUCAUUCUACUUUCUCGCACAGCAUUCCGAAGCACUCCCGGCGAUCGAAGAAAGUGUCAAACUUUGUCGUGAGGUAGUUGCCAUCCAACCAACACACAAGCCGGAGUUGGCUCGAGGGCUCCGGAAUCUUUGUAUAUCACUCAGCCGACUCAGGCGGCACUCCGAGGAGCUCCCGGUGAUCGAAGAAAGCGUUGAGCUCUCACGUGAGCUGGUGACCGUUGAUUCGGCCUUAUACGCCCCGGAGUUAGCUCGAGGGCUUCGGAUUCUUAGAGCAUCACUCUCCCGUCUCGGACGGCAUUCCGAUGCACUCCUGGCGGCUGAAGAGUGUGUUAAUCUCUGGCGUCAGCUAGUUGCCGACCAUCCAAUGUCAUACACCCCGGAUCUAGCCCGAGCGCUCUGGGAGCUCAGGGUAUCACUCUCCAAUCUCGGACGGCAUUCUGAAGCGCUUCAAGCGAUUGAAGAAAGUGUCAACCUUUGGCGCAAGCUCGUUGCCGACCACCCGGUAUCAUAUACCCAAGAUUUAGCUCUUGCGCUCCGAAAUCUUUCUGUAUCAUUCGACAAUCUCGAAUUGUAUUCCGAGGCGCUUCCUGUGAUCGAAGAAAGCGUCAAACUCUGGCGUGAGCUGGCUGCCGUCCACCCGACCACGUAUACCCCAGAAUUGGCUCGAGCACUACGGAACCUUUUUGUGUCACUCGACAAACUCGGACGGCAUUCCGACGCGGUCCCAGUGAUUGAAGAAAGCGUUGAAUUCUGGCGCCAGCUAGUUGUCGUCGAUCCGAUAUUAUACGCCCCAGGGUUGGCUGCAGCACUCGCGGACCUUGAAGCAACCCUUGACAAUUUCGUGCGGCAUUCUCAGGCUCGUGAUCGAGAAGCUUAA